AUGCUACUGUUACUCAAGAUGUCCGCAAAGAGACGAUGGAAAAUAACCAACCAACACCUGAUAACAUCUUUUCAACUGUUCUCCGAGGACUUACUUAUUUGGCAACCGCUGGUCUUCCAGCCAUGAGUACCAGGGAUCAUUAUGCUACCAUCACUCACAAUGUCCAUGAGGAGAAGAUUAAAAAUGCCGAAGCAGCACACAAUAAUGUCUUCUCAACUAUUCCCCCAGCACGUAUUAAUAUGGCAGCAGCUGGUGUUUCGUCCCUGAGUACCAGGAAUCACUUUGGUGCAGUGACACAGAACGUCCAUGAAGAGAAGAUAAAUAACGGCCAACCAGCACCUGAUAAUGUCUUGUCAACUGCUCCACCAGGGCUUGAUGCUACCACGACUCACAACAUCUGUGAUGAGAGGAUGGAAAACGCCCAACUGCAAUUUAGUAACAUCUUGUUAACUUUUCCACCAGGGCGUAUUAACAUGGCAGCAGCUGGUAUUCCAGCCAUGAGUACCAAGGAUCUGUAUGCUGCAGUCACUCACAAUGUCCACGGAGAGAAGAUGAACAAUGGUCAAAGAGCACCUGAUAACUUCUUGUCAUCCAUUACACCAGGGCUUAUUAAUGUAUCAGGAGCUGGUAUUCCACUCAUGAGUACCAGGGCUCAGUAUGCUGCUGUCACUCAUAAUGUCCAUGAAGAGAAGAUGGAAAAUGGCCAACAAGCACCUGAUAACAUCUUGUCAGCUGUUCCACCAGGGCUUAUUAACAUGGCAAAAGCUGGUAUUCCAACCAUGAGUACCAAUGAUCUGUAUGCUUCCAUCACUCACAAUGUCCAUGAAAAGAAGAUAAAAAACGGCCAACCAGCAACUCAAAACUUCUUGUCAACUCUUCCAUCAGGACUUAUUAAUAUGACAGGGGCUAGCAUUCCAGCCAUGAGUACCAGGGAUCUGUAUGCCACCACCUCUGACAACGUCCAUGAGAAGAAGAUGAAUAGUGGCCAACAAGCACCUGAUAACUCCUCAUCAGCAGUUCCACCAGGGCGUAGUAAUCUGUCAGGAGCUGGUCCUUCAUCCAGGAGUACCAGGGAUCUGUAUGCUACUGUCAUUCACGAUAUCCAGAAGGAGGAGAUAGAAAAUGGUCAGACCCCACCUGAUGGCUUCCUGUCAGAUUCUGCUCCACCAGGGCUUAUAAAUUUGACAGGAGAUCGUAUGCCACCCAACCCAUUGGAUUCUUUCUCUUAUAACUUCACUAGUCUCAGCAAAGAUGAGCUGCUUUACAAACCUGAUAGUAACGAAUUUGUGGUAGGAACCCAAAACAACAGUGUCUCUGCAGGUGACUCACCAGUCACAGCAAUGUCUUCAGUGGAAACUGUGCCAAAUACAUCACAAAUAUCUCCUGACAUGGCAAAGAAAUUUAAUGAUGAUAUAAAACAUCAAUUAAUGAAAGAAAUUCAAAGGUUUGGGCGAGAUUAUGAAAGAAUUUUCAUUUUGCUUCAAGAAGUACAAGGAUCUAUGGAUGUCAAGAAACAAUUUGUUAAAUUUACCAUUAAGGAAGCAGCAAGGUUUAAAAAUUUUGCCUUAAUUCAGCAACUUGAGAAGGUGCUUACAAUAGAUUCCCACUGCCAUCUCAGUAAAAUUAAGCACAUGAGAAAAAAAUAAUUGUGUUAAUGCAAAGACCAAGGAGAAACAAGGACAUAUGCUGUAAAAUGGAGUAGGUCAUUGCUGAAGCUCCCUGUAAUUUUGAAGUGAAGAAAAUUCCCUUCCUGAAGCUAAGAAAAAAAAAAGAUGGAGCUUUUGAAAUUUAGUAAAUUUCUGUUAGUAAAAGCUA